UGGUAUCAAAAAUAAAUUCAAAUUUUUACUAAUACAAGACUCAAGAGUGAUAUCACAAUUGAAGUAACAAGAACGUUACGUAAUUAUGAGCGGGCUGCAAGAGGCUGAAAAGGACCACACUUUCCUAUCUCUCAAACACACACCGCGUGACAUCGUAAACUGUGUUUUUGGUUGGGUCGUGUUUGUUUUGACGGCUACUUGUAUAAUGUGUUCUCUACUCUUUAACAACUGUGCACAACCAAGCUGAAUGGAGCAUCGUGGCCUUUUGCCUACGUUUUUCGUUACUAUAAAUACCAAGCUCCAUCGUUCUUCUCAAACACACCAAAAUAUCAAAGCUAUUAACGUCUCAUAUUCCAACAUAUUCUGUCUGCCCAGGCAAACCAGAAACAAAAUGGAAUAAUGGGUUCAACUUCAAGUCUCAAUUUGCCAUUGCUUAUGUCUCUUGUAAUUGGCUGUCCGGUGGCAGCAUCGGCUAGCAACUUCUACCAAGACUUUGACAUCACAUGGGGAGAUGGUCGUGGUAAGAUAGUCAACAACGGGGAGGUUCUUACUCUCUCCCUUGAUAAAGCUUCUGGCUCCGGUUUCCAGUCCAAGAAUGAAUAUCUUUUUGGCAAGAUUGAUAUGCAGCUCAAGCUUGUCCCUGGCAACUCUGCUGGCACAGUCACUGCCUACUAUUUAUCUUCGAAAGGAUCAACAUGGGAUGAGAUCGAUUUUGAGUUUCUGGGGAACCUUAGUGGGGAUCCUUACAUUCUUCAUGCCAAUGUGUUCAGUCAAGGAAAGGGUAACAGAGAGCAACAGUUCUAUCUCUGGUUUGACCCAACUGCAGAUUUCCACACCUAUUCCAUCCUCUGGAAUCCCCAGCGUACCAUCUUCUCGGUGGACGGCACACCCAUUAGAGAGUUCAAAAACACGGAGUCACUUGGUGUCCCAUUCCCAAAGAACCAACCCAUGAGAAUUUACUCCAGCUCGUGGAAUGCUGAUGAUUGGGCUACAAGGGGUGGUCUGGUAAAGACUGAUUGGACUCAAGCUCCUUUCACUGCUUCUUACAGAAACUUCAAUGCCGAUGCCUGUGUUUGGUCUAAUGAAGCAUCUUCCUGCAAAUCAAAUCCUCUAUCUUCUGCCUCAACCAACAAUGCCUGGUUCUCUCAGGAGCUGGAUUCCACUAGUCAGCAAAGGCUGCAAUGGGUCCCGAAGAACUACAUGAUCUACAACUACUGCACCGACGCCAAAAGAUUUCCCCAAGGUCUACCUCCAGAAUGCAACAUGUCUUAGAGGCAACAACAGCACUUAAUUCCAUCAAUAUUCUUUCAAUUCUUUUUCUUCUUCAGGCCAACUCAUGAUUCUUUUGUUCUUUGAGAAAUCUCCCUAUUUUGUAUGUAAUACGUUAUCAGAUUAUAUGCAACAAGAGUUAUACUUCCUCUCUUAAAAUUCAUGGA